AUGAUUCCCGCUGCUGUCUACUUGUUGUCAAAUGGUGUCCGUUGGCUGGGAGCACGGUUUUGCUUGCCGGAUGAGAUGAUGCAUGAUAUUGAUACAUCGAUUCAUGCAAGUUCUUUAGAGCUACCAUUCUACUCGAUGGGCAUGAUGCAUUCAUUUGGCAACCCAAAGCAGAAGUUAUCAGCCUGUGAAAGGCUCUCGCAACUCAACACCGGUCAUAGUAAUUUGAAGAAUACUUAUGGUGAUGAAGAAAUCUUCUGUAACAGUGAGAACAUAAAUGAGAACUUAUGUAAUGCAAGUUCUAGCUUCCUAGAUGACAACGUUCUUGACGAGGAGUAUAGUCUGUCUUGGAAGAAGUGGUCAUUUCAAUUGGAUGCCGGUCCUUCCGACUAUAUGAAUAUUGGAAUCGAUGAGAGCCCAGACUUAGUCUUUGGACACCCCCAUGUAGAGAACAAAAGGGCUGGUACAAAAGCAGGCUGCAGAUUCAACAUCUUGGAGUCACCGGCUCCAUAUUCCAAGCACCAAGUAUCAAAGAGCGAUCAUAAUUUCAUAAUUACGGAUGGUCCAUGGUCUCCUACAGUCCGAAGAACUUUUGAUGUUGGAGAUGUAACCAAUCAACCAGCAUGGUCAUGCUUUGUAACAGAAGAAGCACGAGAAAGUAUGAGGUCGCUGAGUGAAGAGUCAUGCUCGUCCAGUGCAGUGAGGAGUGAGGCAACCAGAUAUCCCCUAGCAAACUUGGUAAGUAAAUGUAGUGGGAAGAGUAUAUAUGCCAAAGAAACACAAAGCAAAAAGAGGGACAUUCUCCAGCAAGGGGAGAAUAUGGGUGGACAAGGAACAUUUACAAGCUUGGCUAAUGCACCAAGUUUGGCUCCAGCUCAUUACUCUGCCUCUACUUUCCAGACUAAGUCAGGUUCAGAUGAUGGUUGGUUGUUUGAAGGAUAUGCAUCUGGUUCAGGGGUCCAACAUAGUGCAUCUUCAGCUUCUCAGUUCUCCACUGAAGAUACUUUUGGUGAUUAUCCGGUCCCCAAAUUACAUGUCGAUGCCACAGCAUCUUUUGAGAAAAGCAAACAUGAUGCCCCUGCUAAAUAUUCACCCUGCAACAGCUUUUUUCCUGGAAAGCUUGCGUUCAGCCAAUCUCAUAAGAACACUUCUUUUCCAAACACUAGGUCUGGGUUAAGCAAGCCAAAAUUACUGCCAGACUUCAAUAUGGAAUGCAUAUCUCAGGAUUCAUUUCAUGUCCUUGGUGGUUUGGGAGAAAUGGAGUUUCCCAAGACAACUGUUCAAGGAAGUGUUUGUAAAGUUGGAGCAAAGACGUCAGAAAUCCUGCCAACAGAUGGUGGAAAAUUUGAGCGAAAGGAUGAUGUUUGCAAUUGGAGCCACAGCUUGUCCUCAGAAGCUGGAAAGGCAAUGGAAGCCUCAGAUUCUGUUAAUAACUGCAGUCAUUCCAAGGAACCAGAAGAUGGAACUCCAGAAAUGGAGACCCUAAAAGCAACUUGUUCUCCUGAAAAUGCAGAAGAAACAUCAUCAUCUGUGGACAUCCUUGAUAAAUCUGAUGGUAGCAUUGAUGAGAAGAAAUAUAGGAAAGAUACCCAAGCUUCUGUUUCAUGUCAAAAUGGGUGUAAAGAUAUGGAAAUAGAAGAGUCUGGACCUAUAGAAGGAAGGAAUGGAAGUAAAGGAGAAAAGAAUAGUGGUGACCCAUCUUGCCAGGUGAUGAUGCUUGAAAGCUAUGUUUUGCAGCUUCUAUGUGUGCAAGUACUGAAGGAAGCAUUUGCACAGGGCAUUGCCAAGAAGGUAUGACAGUUCUUCACAUUUGGUACAUGAAGGAUCUAAUUGAAAUAGAGAAUGAACUAAAAGCAAAAGUUAUCUUUGACUUGUUUCAAAUGGAUUUUGUGCCCUACCACUUUCUAAGAAGUUAUAGAGAUGU